GGAGAUUCGAUCGGAAACUUUGUGUUACCGGAACCCAGGCCGACGUUCGGGGUUAAAGGUCAUGAGGUUCGGAGGUCAGAGGUUGUGGGUGCGGUGAUGGCGGAUAAGGAAAAGAAAAAGAAGGAGAGCAUUCUCGACCUCUCCAAGUACAUAGACAAAACAAUCCGUGUAAAGUUUCAAGGUGGACGAGAAGCCAGUGGGAUUUUGAAAGGAUUUGACCCGCUCCUCAAUCUUGUAUUGGAUGGAACAAUAGAGUAUGUGAGAGAUCCAGAUGACCAAUACAAAUUGACUGAAGACACACGGCAGCUUGGCUUGGUUGUAUGCAGAGGGACCUCAGUUGUUCUGAUUUGCCCACAGGAUGGGAUGGAGGCCAUUCCAAACCCUUUCAUCCAACAACAAGAUGGUUAACUUGGAAAUGACUCAUCACUGUAUCUCAGGAUUCCAAUUUAGUUGGUUUUAUCCAUUAGCCAAUGUGUCAUGAUGGGGACUUGUAAUAUCACCAGCACUGGGGGAUGUUUCUAAAUGUGGCUGUGUUAUGGGUGGUGAACAAGAGCUUGCACUCAUUUCUUUAUCUUGUGCAGAUCCGUUGUGAACUUGUUGCCAUCUAUCCGCCAGUUGCAUAUUGCAGUACUGGCUGGACUACCCAAGAGUGUUUCCUGGCAGAGGCACAUUUAGACAUGGCAGCAGUCUGUGUAACACAUUGGAACAAGAUUUUAGGAAUGAAGCUGUGCCUAUGAUAUUUUGAGUUUUCUGUGGUACUAGAAUCAUAGUACAGUAGAAACAGUCACUUAAUUCAAGCUCCGGCUGAAUUUCCCCAGCAAUGAUCACUAGUGGAAGUUACUUUGGUUUAAAAAAAAACCCAGCUGAUUUAGAAACCUGCAAUUUUAUACUCUACAUUGUUUAUUUAAAAUUUUGUUAAAUUGAACAUGUUUCUGGAAUCGUCUUUUUUUUGAGGCAACUUUUACCCUAUCUGCUUUUUUAAAAAUGAAUUACCAGUGUUGAACAGUCAUUCUGUAUGGUUGUGAACAACAUUUAAUAACUUACGUUGGAGUCUUGCAUAGAAACUUGUUUAAUGUAAGUCUCUUCAGAGAUUAGAUUUGUUUCCUUGUUUACUUUUUGAAGCUGGAUGUGGAUAGCAAACUUGUUUUCCUUGUACAAUAAACCUUUGUUUUUCCA